UAGCGUUAAAAUCUAACAUGGCCGCCACAGAAGUCGUGUAGCAAAUCAAGGCUGCGAUUAAGUUCCAUUAGAACUGCCUUCUAAACCUUUGGGUUUUCUCUGAGUAUUUUCCUUGUUACACGGAACAUAUAGAAUACUGGAGAGAAAGCAUGACGAUACAUGCGUGCUUGUAGUUGAAGGUUAAAUUUGGCUGUGUAGAAUGUUUGCAUUGCUGUCUGGGCUUUGGAAGUACCUUUUCCAGAGAGAUGAAUACUGUAUUUUAAUUCUAGGCUUGGACAAUGCUGGAAAGUCGACUCUCCUGGAACAAAUAAAACGAAGGUAUGGAAACAACUACCCCGGCCUGCCAUUUGAGAAGAUCACAACAACAGUGGGACUUAACAUUGCAAAAAUUAACAUGAGCCAUGUGAAGUUGAUAUUUUGGGAUUUAGGAGGCCAACAAGAGUUGCAGUCCUUGUGGGACAAGUAUUAUGAAGAAUGCCAUGGUCUUGUGUUUGUAAUUGAUUCCACUGAUGAGAAGAGAAUGGAGGAAUCUCAUCAGGCUUUCAAUGGUGUAGUUCAAGAUCCUCAUUUGGAGGGAAUUCCUUUGUUAAUCCUCAUGAACAAACAAGAUUUGGAGGGUUCUCUUGCAGUGGAAGCUAUUAAAAGCAUAUUCAAUGGCAAAUCACCAGGCAUAGGACACCGGGAUUACUAUAUUCAGCCAACGUCUGCUCUUAAUGGGACUCUUCGAUGUAACACAGUACAUAGGGACAAUGCUGACAGACGACUACAGCAGCAGGGAUUAGCUUCGUUAUAAUUAUCUGGAGAAUCAGCGCAGCCGGGAGAUGUGAUAUUCCACUUUAAAGAAGCAAUUACAACGACCAUAUUUUCAUACGUCUUCGUAAUUAGCUUUCAUCUAAGCUUCUCACACAAACAGUUUCAAAUAUGACGUAUAUUUAUAGAUUUGUUUUAGUAUCAAAAUGUACUGGAAGAUACAUAUGUACGGAGGGGAGGAGAAGAGGAGGGGUUGGGGGAGGGUCGGGGUGGUUUGUAGGUUUUCAGUUUGAGUUUAGACCGGUUUAGAGUUUCAGAUGAGUGUACGAAUAUCGUGUGACGUAUGUGAACAUAAUUAGAAAGUUUAAACCGGAAAUAAUUAACAUGUUUACCAGAUAUAGUCACGUAAAAAAAAAUGCGGCACUAAACUGAGAUAUUAACAAGCUGUUUACAGCCUCUCUCUUCCAUAGGCGGCGCGGAUGAUUGAGUGAUUCAAUGAACACCAGACGAAACAAGCUCCGGGGAAGAUACUCCCUUAUAUGGGCUAUAUAUAUAGGUGUCACCCCAAAAGGGUAUGGUAUUUUACCCGUUCUUGUCGUAAAUUAUGGGUUAUCGGUUCUGGUCUGAAGUAGGAUAUGGUUUUUGCACUCUAGUCUUCAGUUGAGUAUUUUAUUUUAGAAGGAGCUACAUUUUCAUCAUUAUCGAUCAGCCCAUCAACUAAAGUCCCUCACAACUAGGGAACUUGUUAUCAGACAGGUUUGAAACAGGGUAAGAGUCAAGUCUCAAUUAAAAAGAGUGUCGAAUUUUUGGUCCGGUCAUUAAUAAGAUAGGGAAAAUCGCAGAUUUGGUCUUAAAUAGGGUAAGGGUUUUGGGAAGCGGGCUAAACACCCCCACCCAAUUGUUUCUGGAAUUCUCCUACCCCCUUCCAAAGACGAGCACUUGCGAUUCUGCCAUCUGCGCAAUAGCGAGGGGAAGAAUUUUAUAUUGAAUUCUUGCAUGUUUUCCUUGCUGACUUCCCGCUUUUUACUUGUUUUGUUUAGACCUACAUGAUUCUUCCAAGAUCGUCUACGAGAAAACAGAGUAAAUGCUCUUCUUUGUGUCCAAAGAGGGCUGUUUGUGUGUGUCGAGGGUUGAGCACUUUAGAAAAGAGCUUUUUGACCUUUUUGUCACGUUAAAGAUUCUAGCCGUUUCUUGGGUCAACUCUAGCGUUACUAGUGAUAUCAUCACGGUCAAUCUAAAACAAGAGAUGUCUGUGAGAACAAGAAAGCAAGUAAAAAAGUAAUUAAAAAAAUGCUAAUUAACGUAUCACCUAACAAUUAGUAUAUCAAUUGUUUGUUGUUUGUUUCUUUGUUUUUUUGUUUGUUUCUUUGGUCAUCAAUGGCACUACGUUUGACUAUCAAAACGGCUCACUUUGGCUUAUUAGUACUUUUCCCUGAAAGAGAUAUUAGACAGGUACAAAGAACUCAUUGUCUUACUGCGUUUUUCUAUAAAAGCUCCGUCUAAGUUAUAUUUCCGGAAAUUCUAUAGCUUUCUGAGGCAAAUCCCACCAGACGUUUUAAGAUCUUUGAAGUUUAAUGAUAGUAAACAGGAUAUUUAUUUGCGCUAUCAAUGUUAAUAGAACGUUUCUUGUUUCAGUCCUGAGUGCAGCUGAGGCUUAACCUCAGAAAAAAAGCCUGACUUUUAUUACUAUCUUAUAUUUCAAAAACACAGCAAUAUUGAGGGUGCGAUAAAGCUGUCUCCUUACAUCAAACUUGCUAUAUAUAGAGAACUGAUAACAGUUUUUUUUUUUUUUUUUUUUAUCUCCUUGGCCAUUAAUCUUCCUUUCUUCGAUUAUAUCGUCAUGAAAGAUAUUUUGCUCGCCACUAUUGAGCGAUUCCUGGAUUUCUUCCAGAAAACAAGAAACCUAUCUGUCUGCAUUGUACAACCCAUUAACUGAGUGAUGAUCAGAGUACAUCUUUUUCUUAUCUUUUUUGGAUAGAUUGGAACUUGCUUAAACAGGUUCAACUCAAGCAGUUCAGUGUCUUUGUAGGAGAUAUAUAUGUGUGUAUAUAAGUUUUCCGAGGGGAAUAAAACCCCGUUGUGGACAUUGCAGUUUACCAAGGGAUAAUCCAUCAAUGCAAAUACACGCUGAUUAAAACCUAAAACGUGUCAACAAUUGCAGCGCCAAGGAGAGAGAUAAAUUCCAGAUUGGUGCAUAAAGACGAUUUUUCUACUUUUUCUCCAAGACUCAGAGAAACGCGAAUCAAGCUAGAACCGGUGCUGCGAUCGUUGCGAUUUGGCUUUCGCUUUGGCUUUGGCUUGGGCAAUAUAUACCUUUUCCCCGAGUUUCAUCGGAAAUUUCAGUAAGUAACGUUCUAAGAAGCAAGGGUUAUUCCUUCCCAGCACCUCGAGCAACUCUUGUCCCUUAUUCGUGCUCUCCAAACCUUCUGCGUGCCUCAUAACUCCGUAAUCAUGAGCUGGAAGCUUGAAUCCAUUGCUAAAUAUAUAGUUACUUUUUACUAAUUACGCCGCGGACUCUGACACCAAUAUAUGGAAAAUUGAAAUAGACAUAGGCACUUCUGUAGUGCAUCUACAUAUCUCUGUAUAUCCCUCAAAUCCGUUCAGUGAAAUUCUAUUUUAGAAAUCUGUUGAAUAUCCCAAACUUAAAAGAAAACCAGGGAUCAAAUUCGUGAAAAUCAGAUCAUUUCAUUUCAUGAUUGCGCGUGUACCAAUGGAAAGCGUACACGUAAAUGUGUAAAGUAACCAUAGGACUGCUUACGUAACAAAACAUCAACACAGACUAGUGGAAAUUGUAAGUAAAAAGCGCGUCUUGACAUAAAUGAGAGACAAUAAAGUGUGUUUGCCACUCGCUCGUUUGUAGCGUUAACUGACUGAUUUGCCUGAGGUUAGGGGCUGCUUGCGCGAUGACAAAGUAAAAGUAAAAUAAUCGCGGGGAGAGGCUGAGGACUGUGUACGACAUUGUCUACGAUACAUUUAUAGAAUAUUGAAAACUUGAAAAGGCAACUUUCAGAGGCCAGUCAAUAGUGUGCAAAUUGCAUUAAAAGCAUCAAUUAAUAGCUUCACCUCGUUGAUUCAUUUUCUUUCUUCGGCUGGAUGUCGGAGUAAAAGUUUUUAUUUUCCAGUGACGACGCACGCAAGUCUAAACAAGCCUCUAAGUCCACUGGCGUGCGCGUGUAAGCCUAGCGCCUGACAGCUUUAUUUAAUCGGAUUCUAGCAAGUAAGAGAUUCUUUGCUCACACUUGAGUCUGGUUAAGACGCAUUCAGUUCGCACAGAAUUUAAUUUCAGCGUAAGAAAUAGGUCAGUAGAAAUACUACACAAUUUAUGUCACCAGAGUGUUGCAUUUCUCUCACGGAAAAAGGCAAGAGCAUUUUUCGGCGAAACCAAAGCCAUGCUGUCGGACUCCUUUAAAAAGAUUACUUUAAUCGAAUCUAACUAGCCGGUAAUGUGUUUUCAUAACGUUUACCAGUCUCAAAAUUGAAUAGAAUUUGCGGCACAUUCCAAUUUAUUAAGCCGAUGUCAAUAAAAGUUGUUAAGUAGGCUUAUAAUUCGAGAAAGCGGAUUCAUAACCGGGAAAAUAACACGAUUAGUGUUUUAUGACGAUAAAAAACUAUACCGGUGGUAUCGGUUUUUGCCGGCAGAAGAAAAAAUCUCUUUUGCCGUCAGAGUGUCGCGUAUUUUAAUUUGACUUCGCGGUGCUAACACUGGUCUUUAUGUCUUGCUUAAUCCCCCUGUGGUAGUCUUGCUAAAGAUUUCAAUUAUCCUACAGAGUCUAAAGUUAGCGCUAAAAGCUACACCCGACUACAUCAUUGUAUGAAAUACGACGAAAAUUAAGGCGUAGUGCCUGCUUAUUCUAGGUUUUUAGGUGUGUGUGGGUGUGCCUUUUUUGUCGGAUUGCUAGCCUCAAUUUUAGAAACUUAUUUCGACCUGACAGACACAGAUGUACUCGUCAGAAAUACAGAGCAUCUGGAUGGGUUUAACUCACAUGCCGAUUGAAAAGAAAAAUAAGGCGGUUUUUUUUUGUUUUUUUUUUUCGUUUUUUUUUUUUUAAUAUGAUAUCCGCAAAAUUUACUGACAGCUGAAGAAAUAGGCUGAAAUUUGAACUCAUAGCUGAGAAAUCGCAAAAAAAACGUCAGCUGAUCCCCUAACCCUAAAAUCGAUCCUAACCCUCCGAUACACGCCAGUCGUCAGUCAUGAAAGACACCUUAGUCUGCAUGCUAACAUGGAUAGAGGCGCUAGUCACUAUAGAAGACUGCGAAUGUUUGCCUCGAGAAGAGUCUGGAUACGUCGGUAAUCUCUUCAACGAGGAUAAGGAUAGAAAAGGAAAAUAUCACGUGUUGAUGAACCAUUUGGCCGGCGUACAGCCUCCAUGUACAAACGAGGAAAAAUUCCGUGUGGUUGAUACCUCGCAGACAGCUUACACGGGUAAAACGUCUGUCUCACACAUUGUUUACGACUGCAGUUUACAUUCUUUUUCGAAAUUGUGUUUUUUUUAUGUAAAGAAAAUUCAGCUUGUUCCAUAAAGUGCCUCGCCUAUCUGCAAUGUUUCAUCCACCCAAUUUUGAACAUAAAUCGCUGUGUGCUAAAAAUGCCAGUUUCUUGUUUUUAUUGCGGUUAAAAGAGCC